AUGACGUUGCUCCACCGUUCUUACCCCAAACAGAAGCCAGCAGCAGAAGAGGUCAACAUACACGCGUAUGUUAGCAUACGCACGUAUGGAAAUGGCAACGCAUGCGCAGCUACGUAUAUUCGACAAACAAUUGUCCGGAGAAUAAAUCCACUUCAAGUUUUUGGUAGGAGAAUCUCUAGGUUGCUAGAAUCAUCUUAG